AUGUACGCAAACUUCCUGCGCAAUGGGCACUCGCAUAAGGAGGCUGGCUUCCUGUUCAUGGACUGGCUUGGAAGUAUUGCAAAGGCUCCCUUGCCAAAGAGCAUCGAGCGGUUCGAUGAUGGAUUUCACAAGAUGUUGGUGAAUGGUUUGCUGGUUUGCGAUCAGCACAAGAGGAAAACACUAGCGCAGUGUCUUUCCGACCCCUACCUGGAGUCAGACAGCCACAGGGUGGCCAGCUCCGACCGGGUCUCGGGGAUCGAGCACAGCAAUUCGGAAGCUCCACCAUUGCCGAUGAACGAGAAGGUGGACAGGACCACCCGCAAUCGCAUUGAAGACACCUCCAGCAAGGCUCCACUCUACAAAGGCACCUUGUGGAAGCUCAACACAGAUGGCAACCCGCAGGAUCCCACACACUGGCUGAAACGGGAUAUGUGGGUGGCUUUCAAUGGAUCCCUUUGCUACUUCAGUAUCAAAGAGAACAAGCGUUUGGUGUUGGUGGAUGGCUCCAAGCUCUCAGGUGCAAAGGUCACAAAAAUGAGUGCAGCCAGAGAGCACGCUUUCAGGUUGGAAUGUGUCAAUCAUGACGAACAUGAGAAGGACGUCAACAUUGGCUUCUCCGCGGAGUCUCCUGAGGAGUCAGCCACCUCGGUUCAGUUGGUGCACCUUUUGGUGCGAAUUCCUCCAUCGAAGGAAGUUCGAAGCAGAGAAAAGCCUUUUGUGGGUUCUCAGCCUCGCUAG